CGGCGCGGCCCCGAUGAGCCACCGGAAGAGAGAUGGAACUACCCGCUCAUUUUCCACAGCAGGACUCUUUGUCAGAGAGAAUGAUCUGAAAAAUGGAAAAGUAGAGAAAGGAGCCGAGACACCAUUCCAUUAUUAUAUAAGGGUCAUAAAAACAGGACCAUUGCCAUCAAGGACACCAUUAUAAAAGAAGGCAUUUAUUCAUCAUCAUCAUCAUCAUCUGCUGCCGCUGCCUCUGCUCCCACUACCCCACUGCCAUUAUCAUUUCCCCCUCAUCAUCAUCAUCAUCUACAUCUACCCUCAUCAUCAUCAUCAUCUACCCUCAUCAUCAUUAUCAUCAGCCGCUGCAGCUUCACCAUUACAGUCAUCAUCAUUACCAUCAGGCUUGGUAAUCAUCCACGAGGGGUUUCCACGGGGCAGAUAAAAGGCCAGCGUCGAGUCCCGCCUUCCUCACUUUUUGCCCCGGCGUCUGUGGAGGAGGACGCCUUCUCCUCUGGCUCCUUUGUUCGCUUUCAGGAGAAGACGACGAAGCCCAAAGAGUUCCGUCUCGAAAGCUUUUUGUACUAUCCUCUGGGAAAAGUUUUUUUUUCUCUCUGCUUUUUAUCUCCAAGGUAGCAGCUGAGAUCGGGUUCUCUGUGUAUCCCCUGGGUGAUGAGCAGAGCCCCGCCUACAGCCAGCUCAGCAUGGAGAGUGAGACGGACAACUCGCACAGCACAACCGACAACGGGAGGGAGGACGAGGGCGGCUCCGCUCAGUCCGAGCCCGCGUUCCCCCCUUACCUGUCCUGCAGGGGCUGCGGACAGCUCCGCGAUGAACCCCUGGGGCCGGGCAUAGACCUGGUGGGACCCUACUGCCUCAGGUGCUGCAAAGCCUCCCGGGAAGCCAAAAGUCCCGACUUCUGUUCGCCUUUCGGAGGCGUCGGCGGGAUGCGCUCGGGUUCCCAUCUGCAGCUGGACGGCGACGGGCUGGGAGACGGGAUGGGCGACAAGGCACUGACAGUUGAGGACAAAUUGGCCAAACUGCACACGUGCCACCUGUGUGGCUUCUCGUCGCGCUACGCCAACCACGUGAAGCGCCACAUGAAGACGCACAACGGCGAGAAGCCCUUCAACUGCCCGCUGUGCACGUACGCCUCGGCCCAGCUGGUGAACCUGCAGAGACACCUGCGCAUUCACACCGGGGAAAAGCCCUACAAGUGUGACAUCUGCACGUUUGCCUGCAGUUCCCUCGGCAACCUCAAAAGGCACCAGCGCAUGCAUGUGCCCUCCGCGGGGCUGCGGCAGGACGUCCCGCCGCGACCCGCCGGGGGCCUAAACAGCCUGAAGAGGCAUGUGGCCGGGCAAAGAGCUGGUGGAGACGUGUCGUGUGCUUCAGCCAAGGUUUCAGAAGGUGCCCGGCCCAAUUCGAAUGUGGGAGCCCAGAACAAUGACUACCUAUCAGCCUUUGAUGGCUUAAAGGGGGCCUCCCCACCACCACGGAUACCGGCCUCUAACCAGGCUCCUGUCCACCAGCCUCCCCCCCCGCUGAACGCCACAGGCGGCGGCAGGGCGACCAGAGGGGCAGCGGCGGACGGCGCCGCCCUCCCCCCUUCGCUUUUCCCCUUCACCUGCCGCCUGUGUGGCGUCGUCCUGGAGGACGAGGACGGCUCCUCGGCCCAGAUUUGCGCCAAGUGCACCCUCGAAAUGCUGACCAAGGACUCCUCGUCAUCUCCCAACAGCCCCGGCGAGCGCAGCGACAAGGUGUACACCUGCGCCGCCUGCCCCUUCCUCACCCACUACCCCAACCACUUGGCGCGCCACAUGAAAACUCACAGCGGCGAGAAGCCGUACAAGUGCCCGCAGUGCGACUACGCCUCGGCGCACUUCGACAACCUCAAGCGCCACCACAGGGUGCACACGGGCGAGAAGCCCUACAAGUGCCACCUGUGCGACUACGCCUGCGGGAACCUCGCCAACCUCAAGCGCCACCAGCGGGUGCACUCGGGCGCCAAGCCCUUCCAGUGCGCCGUGUGCAGCUACAGCUGCAACCAGAGCAUGAACCUGAAGCGCCACAUGCUGCGCCACACCGGGGAGAAGCCGUACAAGUGCCAGGAGUGCGGCUACACCACGGGCCACUGGGACAACUACAAGAGGCACCAGAAGAAGCACGGCCUGGCCACGGACGGGUGGGUCAAGGUCCCGAUGACCGGCGGCGGGGGCCGGGGAGACGAGGAUGAGGAGGACGACGAGGAGGAAGGGCGGAAGGGGCUGGGGGUCGGCGCUCCGGCUCACAGAAAGGAGACGGGCGUCGACAUGCAGUACAUGUCCAGGGAGGGGGGUCAGACACUACACUCGUGCUACAAACUUGAGAUUGUUUAAAAUAUAACUCAGCAAAACUAAGCUACCAGCAACUUAUUUUCUUCUUCUUUUUUCUUUCUUUCACAGAGCCUUUACGAUGUUUCGGUGUGUGUCAGACUUUGUGUUGUCAGGUGUCUUCAGAGGCUGCUAAAUGUUUGUUUGUAGAAUCUCGCACAAUUUGUUGUUGUAUAUUUUUCGAUCAAGUGGAUUUUUGUUUUUUUUUCUGCUCUGCUUUUGUGUCAAAAAGAACAAUCCGCUCUCAUGUUAGAACACAUAUCUGGUGAUUCCUGCAGAGCGUUACCAGACCCACUGAACUGGUGAGCUGCGCUGUGUAGAAUAUCUGCGUAAUAAAGGGGAAUUUGCUUUAUUUUCGUAAAAGUCGUCCGUCUCAAAAGUUUACCUUAAAUCUUUUAGUUUUGUGCCAAAGAUCUAAUGAAAAAGCCUAAAUGUACCUACCUUAACGUGAGGUUACUGUGACUCGGCUACACAGCGCAGCCUGGAGUAGGUACGGGCCCGUCUUCACCUUUGUUUCCAUCGAGGCUCGAUGCCUUCAGAUAAGCCUGCUAACGUAUGAACUACUAGCAAAGUGCUAUUUAAUGAUACUGGAAUUGUUUUAUGCUUCCUGAAAUAUGUUGAUUCAUUAGGUUGUGCUAACCUUCUCUUGGCCUGCAGUCUUUCAUGUUUAAUCCCUCAAGAUUAUAUCUCUGUGAUUUGGGAGACUUAAAAAAAAAAAAAAAAGACCUAUUUUAACACUCAUUGCAUGCGCAAGCAUUUUGAAAAGCCCUCUUCAGUAUUUACUCGGUGUGGUUAAAGUAAAAGCACAAUUGAACACACGCGGCAUUUAAAGUUGUGCAUUGGGGGGGUCAUUGGUUCACUUGUCGGCGCUUCUUAUGCGAUCCGGGAGUAACAAAUUGUAAUAGAGCAUGUUGUUCAAAGGAUUCUUCUCAAACUUGUACUUUUUACAAAUAAUUCAGUCUAACUUCAUUCUGGGUCUUUAUCUUCAAGUUCCCUCCGAUACAUUUUACCGUUUACUGUGAAGUUUGCCCCAUUCUCGUGUUUUUUUAAUUUGAAAAUAUCACAUUAUUAAGCAUGUGGGUGUGUAAUCGUUUUAUUUUUGUGUGUGGCUGUAAUACACUGCCAGAAGUGCAUACUUUAAUAUAUAGAAAGUGUUUGUUUUUUUUAAAUCUAAAAAAAUGAGUUUGAAUGUUUCGUGUGUCAUUUGGUUCCCAUGGGAAAACAUUAGGGACUGUGAUUUAAGUUUAUACUUUUUGAAUUACUAUUAUAUGCAAGGGAUUUUUUUCAGGUUGCCAACUUGCCGCGACACGAUGGAGAAUUGAGUACUGACAACCCGAGUGUCUUCAUGCAGUGUCUCAUAAAUGCCUUAAGUGAAGCUUUUGAAAUAAACCCAUGGAAUUCAUUUCAUUGAAUGUC